AUUCAUUGAUGUUUGCUUAGCUCACGGGUCUCCUUCAACUGAUAAGUUCCACCCACCAUGCCAGAAGAAAGAAUCUAUUCUUCUGGACGAGAAGCCUACUUCAACCUGAACUCUACAUGGUACGACCCAGCAGGAUCCUGGUUAGAUACUCGCCGUAAACCCUUCCGCUACGUCGAUAACACCGCCUGCGUGACGUGUUGCAACCCCAGGAGCAACGUACCCCGAAGAGGUGGCCAUAAUUACCGGUGCUACUGCUACCGCCAAUCCACUUGUACGACGGGAGGAAACCCAAGGGUUAGAAGCUGUGUACACAACCCUUCGGGAGGACCCCGUGAUUAUUGGGGGCGUCCAAUCGGUGAUGCCUGCGAUGGGUGUUCCGGGGGACACUAUUCUCAUGCGGGGUCAGAUUGUGGCUCAUGUUGUGGCUCUUUGGGGGGAUGUGGAACAGGAGGAGGGACCGUGGCUUGUGCUCAACCACGUGCUACAUCUGGAGGAGUGUGUGCCGAACCAGGUUGCAGACCUUCCGGGAGAGGGGUGUGCGCAGAACCUUGCAUAACAUCUUCUGGAGGAUGCGGAACAGGAGUAUGUGCUGAACCAGCAUGUUUACCUUCAGGAUAUGGGAGGAGGAGGAGAGGGGUGUGCUUUGAGCCAUGUGCAGGAACAUCGAGUGGAUGUUGAAUGGCAGAAUUGGAGAAGGAACCACGGUCCAACUCUCUGUUCAGGGCAGGAGCUAUAAAAACCUAUUUGAUGGACCACCAUUCCCCAUUCCCUGUUUGAAGACCUCCAAUGAGGGGCAUCUCAUCACAUCUCACCAUGUGGCAAUCUGUUGUACUGGUUGACAACUCAUAAGUCACAGCUGUCAGGGUUCCGACCCGAUGCCCUAAUUAAAUCAUGAGCCUCGAGCCACGCUUCAAAAAAAAUAUCCAGUUAUUUAUUAGAAGCGUCAUGUCGUCAUGUUCCAGAUGAAGCCAACUCUGAACCAAUCAUGACCCUGUUUCCCCCCCUCCCCCCCCCAGGGUGUGUCAUCAAUCACAUUCUCCAACAGAGCAAUUUUGCGGGUUGCAGAGAUCACUCCCCUCCAGCCACUGUGGGUAACCCUGGGAGACAGCCUUGAGAGAGAGAUGUCUGGAAUGUGCUCCUGUUUUUGGCUGCCGUGGUGCUUCGUCGGUUUCCCAUCCCCCUAGCCUAUGGCAACUCAAGAGCAGGCCAAGGAUGCAUUGCGAGUUGACAACAAACUUUUUCUGAAAUCUAGCCUGAACUUUCCUCCUUGUAGUUUUGGUUCACUAGUUCUGGUUCUGCUCCCUGGGACAACAGACGAAUAAGCCCACUCCCACUUCUCGCUACCAACCUUUCCAGAAUUGAGCUUACUCCAACCCCAAGUCCGUUCCUAGAACCCAACAACAUUCCUGCAAGGCUGUUCACCUGCCCGCCCACCCACCCACCCAAUGGAUCCAAAGCCAUAACUAAAAUUGGAUGUUCCUUAUUUCUUCUUCUUCUUCUUCUUCUUCUCCUUCUUCUCCUCCUUUUCCUUCUCCUCCUUCUCCUUCUCCACCUCCUCCUCCUCCUCUUCCUCCUCCUCCUCUUCCUCCUUCUCCUUCUCCUUCUCCUCCUCCUCCUCCUUCUCCUUCUCCUCCUCCUUCUCCUCCUCCUCCUCCUCCUCCUCCUCCUUCUUCUUCUUCUUUUUCUUCUUCUUCUUCUUUUUUUUGUAAAAAGAAAACUUAUUUUUCUUCUUACCGGGUGUAAUAUACAUCUUUCCAAACCUACCAAACUCCAAAAUCUAUUCCCAUUCUUAUGGUUUGGAGAGUUUGUGUUAGUUUUUAUGCUCUUUAUAAAACAGUUAAUAAAAUGUAUGCAUUAAAAAAACUGAAGUCUGGACUGUUCCC